AUGACGAGCAUCAACACACCUAACAUUAAUUUCAAAUGGGACCCAAAGAGUCUGGAGAUCAGGACUCUUGCAGUGGAGAGGCUGCUGGAGCCCUUGGUCACACAGGUGACAACUCUUGUAAACUCGAGUAACAAAGGUCCAUCUAACAAGAAGAAGGGACGUUCAAAGAAGGCUCAUGUCCUGGCAGCUUCAGUUGAGACUGCCACUCAGAACUUUCUGGAAAAAGGAGAGAAGAUUGCAAAAGAGAGUCAGUUCCUUAAGGAUGAGCUGACUGCUGCAGUAGAAGACGUACGCAAGCAAGGUGAUUCAAUGAGGCAGGCUUCUGGAGAAUUUGCUGAAGAUCCCUGCUCUUCUGUAAAGAGGGGCAAUAUGGUUCGAGCUGCCAGAGCCCUCUUGUCAGCAGUCACACAUCUCUUGGUGCUGGCAGACAUGUCUGACGUCUACAAACUUCUGGUCCAGCUUAAACUGGUGGAGGACAGUCUUGUGAAGGUGCGUAAUGCAGGAACAGAACAAGAGUUGGGGAUCCAGUACAAGGCCCUGAAGCCGGAGGUGGACAAGCUGAAUGUCAUGGCAGCAAAAAGACAGCAGGAGUUAAAGGAUUCUCAACACAAGGACCAAAUGGCUGCCGCUCGCGGUGUUCUCCAGAAGAACAUCCCCAUGCUGUACACAGCAUCCCGUGCAUGCCUGCAGCACCCCGACGUGGCUGCCUACAAGGCUAACCGUGACCUCAUCUACAAGCAAUUGCAGCAUGCAGUUUCUGGCAUCUCCAAUGCCGCUCAGGCCACUGCCACAGAAGACUCUGCACUCAAUCAGCCGGCAGGUGGUGGAGAGUUAGCAUAUGCCCUCAACAAUUUUGACAAACAAAUCAUUGUGGACCCCCUGGCGUUUAGCGAGGAGCGCUUUCGUCCAUCCCUGGAGGAACGUCUUGAAAGCAUCAUCAGUGGUGCUGCCCUCAUGGCUGACUCUUCUUGCACACGGGAUGACCGCAGAGAGCGAAUUGUGGCUGAAUGCAAUUCAGUGCGCCAGGCUCUACAGGAUCUGCUUUCUGAAUACAUGGGCAAUGCUGGGAGAAAAGACAGGAGUGAUGCUCUGAACACAGCCAUCGACAGGAUGACAAAGAAAACAAGGGACCUCCGCAGACAGCUACGCAAAGCAGUAAUGGACCAUGUGUCUGACUCAUUUUUGGAAACCAAUGUACCCCUCCUGGUUUUGAUUGAAGCUGCAAAGAAUGGCAAUGAGAAAGAAGUCAAGGAAUAUGCACAGGUGUUCCGUGAGCAUGCCAACAAACUAAUUGAGGUGGCCAACUUGGCUUGUUCAAUCUCCAACAAUGAGGAGGGAGUGAAGUUGGUUCGGAUGGCAGCAUCUCAAUUGGAAACCCUUUGUCCUCAGGUGAUUAAUGCAGCCUUGGCCCUAGCUGCAAAGCCCAACAGUAAGGUGGCACAAGACAAUAUGGAUUUGUUCAAGGAGCAAUGGGAGAAGCAAGUCAGAGUCCUUACGGAUGCUGUUGAUGACAUUACAUCCAUUGACGACUUCCUUUGUGUCUCAGAGAACCACAUCCUGGAGGACGUGAAUAAGUGUGUUAUCGCUCUGCAAGAGAAAGAUGUGGACGGUUUAGAUCGCACUGCCGGGGCAAUUCGUGGCCGUGCUGCUCGAGUGGUCCAUGUGGUCACUUCUGAAAUGGACAAUUAUGAACCUGGAAUCUACACAGAGAAAGUCUUGGAGGCAACCAAGCUCCUGACUGACACAGUGAUGCCACGGUUCACGGAGCAAAUUGAGUCUGCAGUAGAGGCCUUGAGCGCAAACCCCACGCAGCCGGUUGAUGAGAAUGAGUUCAUUGAUGCUUCCCGUCUUGUAUAUGAUGGGAUUCGAGACAUUCGCAAGGCUGUCCUCAUGAUAAGGACUCCAGAAGAGUUGGAUGACUCUGACUUUGAGACUGAAGACUUCGAUGUUCGCAGCAGGACCAGCGUGCAGACGGAAGAUGACCAGUUGAUUGCUGGGCAGAGUGCAAGGGCUAUUAUGGCUCAGUUGCCACAGGAACAGAAGGCAAAGAUAGCAGAGCAAGUUGCCAGUUUCCAGGAGGAGAAGAGCAAGCUGGAUGCCGAGGUAUCCAAAUGGGAUGACAGCGGCAAUGACAUCAUUGUUUUGGCCAAGCAGAUGUGCAUGAUCAUGAUGGAAAUGACAGACUUCACCAGGGGGAAAGGACCAUUAAAGAAUACAUCUGAUGUCAUUAGUGCUGCCAAGAAAAUUGCAGAGGCCGGAUCAAGAAUGGACAAGUUGGGUCGCACCAUCGCGGAUAAUUGCCCCGACUCGACCUGCAAGCAGGACUUGCUCGCCUACCUGCAGCGUAUUGCAUUGUAUUGCCACCAGCUCAACAUUUGCAGCAAAGUCAAGGCUGAGGUUCAGAAUCUGGGAGGCGAGCUGGUUGUCUCAGGGUUGGACAGCGCCAUGUCCCUCAUUCAGGCCGCAAAGAAUCUGAUGAACACCGUGGUGUCCACUGUGAAGGCGUCAUACGUGGCUUCCACCAAGUACCAGAAGAACAAAGGUAUGGAGGCCCUCAACAUGCCUGCCAUUUCUUGGAGGAUGAAGGCGCCCGAGAAAAAGCCUCUGGUGAAGAGAGAGAAACAGGAUGACGGCCAAACAAAUCGGGUCAAGAGAUCAUCUCACAAGAAGCAUGUCAACCCAGUGCAGGCUCUGAGUGAGUUUAAAGCAAUGGAUAGUAUCUAG